UGUUUUGAUUGUUCCGCAUGGUGUUCACCAUGGCAAUACCAUCAGCCUCAAAGGUAGACUUGCGCCAUCCGUCAGUUUGAUCAAUGACGCCCGUCAAAACGUUCGCGACUUCUUCGGCUCGGCUCAAAAAAUAGAGCAGAAAAGAUAGACCGGAUGUGAGGCUGCCCGAAUGUCCGUCUGUACGCACUCUCUUCAUGCUCUUCUUUCUACGUGAUGACAUGGGGAGGAUUUGUAGUGCUGGUUUCGGUCAUACCGAUCUGUUUCAACGCGAGAAAUAACGGUACAAUUCUUGAUUUUGCUGAAUUGCAGUCCACCAUCCAAACAGAUUUAAUUUUUCUAGACCAGAUCAAUCGUAAGAAUAACAGCUACAAAUUCGAAGAUUUCUUUUGGACCGGUUCUGGUGAUGGUCCCUAUGAUAAGGAUGAAGAACCCUGGGUGAUUGAGCCUCCUACCACUGUGUUUUACACCACCACUGCCACUGUUACUACCACCAUAUAUUCUGGGUCUAAAGAUGGCAAUGAUAAGAAAAGCGUUUCCCCGACUCCAAAAUGUUUGGGCGAGUGUGGGCCAAAGGAGAACACUUCGGAGAAUUCAAAACCAUCAGAUACUGAUAACUUGAUAGACGCAGAUAAAGAAUUCUGGAUUGUUACAGUCAUCAAGACAGAUGGAAAAGACCCUGAGCUUACGGAUCUGAAGAACAGAUUGGUGAAACUUUACAAGAAAGCAUUUCAGAGACAACAGGACCGUCAUCUGGGCUUGGGCUACAAACGAAGGCGAAGAAAAGCAGUGGUAGAUAAGCCAGUCAACGUGUACAUCCACCAGGUUGACCCUAAGAACCUAGAUGGAGACAGAGAAAUCGAGGUUUUGUACCAUGUUGCAGUUUCCGGAAAGCCGGUAUCUGCAGCUACAGCUGUUGCAGACAUGAGCUUGAUCUCCGACGAAGAAGUCAGGCAAGAACUUGGGUUUCCCACCCUGAUCAAAGCCGAACCAUAUUUGAAGCCUUCAAAAGCACAGAGCUUGAGUAGGGCAAAAAACACUUGGAUAGUCAUCGGAGGUUCCAUAAUAUCCUUGUUGGUUCUUCUUCUUCUUGUGGCCUUCCUGACUCUAGGAUGUACUAAAAGCAAAAGGUCACAGCAGGCUGGAAUUGAUAACAGGAGGCAGAUUUUUGAAAGAUCCGUAGAAGAGCCUGACACAGGCAGGCAAAAGUCCAACAGUUUUGUACGAAAACGUGCUGAACAAUCUCCUACCUACAUCAACUUUCAAAACCAAGCCUCUACUGAAAGCUUGAGGAGUGGCCUUUCCGCUAAAUCUGCAGCUUAUUUGAGUCCUUCUACCUCAAGCUCCACCAGUUUGGAUAUAUCUCCACUGAUGACAGUCAGAAAGAAAACGCCUCCUAAAAAACCUCCUAGACCAAGAGCAGCUUUGAAUAAGACUGUACCUGUGAAUGCGGUGAAGAUUCCUCAAGAUGUUUACGAUUCAGACAGCAACCCCAGUAGAAGGAACUCUGUAGAUACGAUCUUCGUCGAAAACAACGAUCCUGGAGUUGCGAGUCCCAAAUCUUAUUUGUCCAUGCCUUCAAUCAAAUCUUUUCCACGAAUGAACAACCCUGAACCGCUGAACAAGGUACUGGAGCCUGUAAGUAUGCUGCACUUGGACAUGCCUGAAGAUGCUGAGAUAGAAAUAAGACAUCAUCCUUACCCAACAUUCGCCAGACAUGGAAGUGUAGGAACGAAUGCAGAUCCAGGUGUGAUAGGACCAGUAGUUUGGGACAUCCACUGCAAAAAAAUGAAGCAUGGUGUAAGUGUUGAUGAAGGCAUCGAUGAUCUGACGAAGACCCCAAGAAAUGUCACCAGAAUGAGGAAGAGAUUCAACGAAUUGUUGGACGACACUUUUAGUCUCUUUGGCAGUAGAUUGGAGAUUCCAGAGGAGACCAAGAAGAAUGUCAUAGAAGUUAAGAGUAAAUCUGCAAACGCAGAUGCGCAACGCAACGCAGAAGGUUUCUUUCCUGAUCUGAAACCUAGACCAAAGACUUCAGUUGGACGAAAACCAGAAAGAGCAGGUGCCAAACCUAAAGGAGCAUGGACCAGCUCUACAGCAUCCCCUCUAGUGAGACCAAUGAGUGCUGGAAUAGUAGCACCGAAAGUAAAUGUUGAACACAUACAAGCCGAAGGGAAAUUUAGAGAAAGCGAUCCAGCCAUACCACUUAUUGCUGCAAUCAAAACAGAACUAGAGAAGUGUUCGUUACCUGGAAGCACAACUGAUCUAAAUGACAAGUGACAGUUAAUACCAUAUAAAUACUUAUAUGAUAGCUUUUUCACUAUUUAGAGUGCGACUGAAAUAAGUUUUAUCUUGUUCUUUUUUUUGAUAAUUUUAUAGUUUGUUUCUGUUGGAUUGUAACCACCUCUAAGAAUAAUUUUGCAGAAGUGUUUUUGAAAAAUUCAUUUUAUAUUGGGCAUUAUUUUCUUUGCGAAUAUGAGUUUCCUCAAUUGUU